GCUAGUUUGUGACUUUUCGGCGCGCAUGCGCGGAAAAGGAUGCUCAGAUUGCUUAUCCAGAACCACCGACAUCGUGCAGUAUAACCCUCGGAUCAAAUCGUGCGAAGCCACGAUGCCGGAACAAUCGCUAGUGUUCUGUGGAACCUGCGUGCACGUGAAGAGCGGCUUCUAACCUGUAAUUCCAGCGUUGUAUAUAUAUAAACUGUACAAAUUGUUUGUAAAUUACAGUCACACUCGUGAUGGAUCGAAUUAAUUGUUUAAAGAAUAAUAACAGUGAAGGACAAUUUAACAACGUCACAAUACGAUCUCUAUAACCGUUGAGAUACAAUCCGUGUAGAAUGGUCCCUUAUUGACUGGAUAAACAGGAUAGUUUGGUAUAGUUUUCUAAAUCAAAUUAUUUUAAAACUUUAUCAGCCGGAAGUCUGUUAAUAGGCUUUUUGCCGACAGCACUGGCAGGUAAAGUGUUAAUAAAUGUGUAUCGACACAUUGAAUAUUGAAUAUAUCUGAUACAUUAAAUUAUAAUAUUUAUUAAAAUUGCAUAUAUAUCUAAUAUAUAUCUAUAGACAAUUGCAGGUUACACAGUUGUCUAUGGAAAACUGCGGAACCCGUUGGAACUGUGUUACCAAUUCAUAAAAUGGGAGUUUGACAGUUCCGUGGAAUGUGAUAUCUGGAAUAUUUUCAAAAUGAGUGAAAAUGAGUCUAUGUAUGGGACAACGUUGUCUCAAGAAUCUAUCAAAGUCAUAGCGGAAAGUAUUGGCGUUGGCAACUUUCCGGAUGAGGCUGCGAAGGAACUUGCGGAAGAUGUCAGCUAUAGGCUGAAGGAAAUCAUUCAGGAUGGAGCGAAGUUCAUGAUACAUGGCAAACGCAAACGAAUGACUGCCCAUGACAUUGAUCAUGCGCUAAAGGUCAGAAAUAUUGAGCCAACGUAUGGAUUCUUUUCCAAAGACCACACGCCAUUCCGUUUCGCAUCAGGCGGCGGUAGGGAAUUACAUUUCGUGGAAGAAAAGGAAAUCGAUCUAAACGAAGUUGUAUCUACGACUGGUGGACAAGCGUGGCCAAAGUUGCCUCUAGAAACUACAUUGCGAGCCCAUUGGCUGUGCAUUGAUGGGGUGCAACCUACUAUACCAGAAAAUCCACCUCCAGUAUCGAAAGAUGUUCAAAAACUCGAGAGCGUCGAUCCGACUACGAAGCUCUCCACCAAGAACCAGAAUAUCGGCGUCGGUAAACCGGGCGGUGGUGGCAAGAGCCAGAAAUUACGGAACGUAGAGACCGUGCACGUAAAGCAGCUCGCGACGCACGAGCUUAGUGUGGAACAACAACUGUAUUAUAAAGAAAUAACAGAGGCCUGUGUCGGCUCGGACGAAGCACGCAGGGCCGAGGCUCUACAGUCUCUUUCAGCGGACCCAGGUCUGCACGAGAUGUUAGCGCGCAUGUGCACCUUCAUUGCGGAGGGCGUGCGAGUUAACGUGGUCCAAAAUCACCUCGCAUUGCUUAUCUACCUCAUGCGUAUGGUCAAAGCUCUGCUUGAAAAUCCGAGCCUUUACUUGGAGAAAUAUCUUCACGAGUUAAUACCGUCAGUCGCUACCUGCAUAGUUUCUCGGCAAUUAUGCAUGAAGCCAGAAGUGGACAAUCACUGGGCGUUACGAGACUUUGCUUCCCGACUGAUGUCGCAGAUAUGUAAAAAUUUCAACACUUCUACGAAUAAUGUGCAGACCAGGGUCACUCGUAUGUUCAGUCAGGCAUUAGCGAAGAACAAUCAGCAGAUACCGUUGGCGUCCCUUUACGGAGCGAUUGAAGGGCUCUGUGAAUUAGGACCGGAAGUGAUCAAGUCCUUGGUUAUCCCUAAAAUUAAGUCCGUCUCUGAUCGCAUUGAAUCAUGCAUCGAAGGCCAAGGGUUAACUAACAUGGAUAAAAAUGCAGCGGGACACAUCAAAACUUUGCUUAUAAAAUCCGUCGCUCCGGUCUUGAAAACGAUACGAUCGCCGCCAGAUUACGUGGAGGAUUAUAAACAGGAUUACGGCUACAUAGGUCCUGCAUUGUGUGCAGCGGUCGCGAAAGCUCGCACGCAACUGGCCGCUUUAGCAACCACCGCCGCGACGACUACAGCGCUGACCACGAAUCAGCAACAAAGCUUGAACUGUACAGGAAAGACAAUUGUACAAACAGUGGCCAGUUCAAGUCCGGGACAGCAACCUGGCCGCACGAUCAUGCUUGGUGCUAGCAGAAGCACCAGCGGAACUUCCGCCGCUGGUGGGCAGAAAUUUGUCAUUCUGCAGUCACGCUCGCAGACACCCACCGCUUCCAACAUAAGUACCGGUACGAUUCAGCAGCAGCAGCAGCCAUCGCAAACACAGCAGCCGCAGCAACAGCAGCAGCAGCAGCAACAACAAGUUAAACUGGCGCAAACUAAUGUCGGCCAACAGAAGGCCCACGUACCGAGUUCUGCACCAAAGUUGGUUGUAGUAUGUAUGCCUACCAGCGGCCAUACUAACACAACGGUGACGCAAACAAGCCUCACCACGAAAACGCAGAAUGUCUUCGUUACGCAGCAAAGUGCCGAAAGAUCACUCAGCCCGGAAGAAGAACAUUCGUUUCAAUAAAAAGACAGAACCGCAAAUAAAACUUCCACAUACUUUUCCUUGUACAGUUCAUACAUUCUUAGCAUAGAUUAGAAUAUAUAUAUAUAUAUAUAUAUAUAUAUAUAAACGAAGCAAACGAGUUUUUAAAGAGAUGCUCCUUUGCGCUUCUUACUUUUCAAAUUUAGCGAAAUUAUCUUUCAUAUAUGCACUUGAUUUAAUCAGUACUAAAGAUUUUCUUUUGUUAUGUUAUACGAAGAUGAAUACAUUCCCGGGAAGAAAUGAUUUUAUAUGAAUUUUGUCCGUAUAUGCCUAUAUAUGUUGUAUAUGUAGCCAUAUAGAAACAAAAUUGAUAUAUAUAAACAUUUUUCCCGGGUUAUGUUUUUCUACAUCUACUUAGUACUUGUAAUUUUUACAUAUAUAACGUAAAUAUAAAUAAGUUAAAUAUAAAGGAGCAUAUUCAGGCUCCAGUCGCUAUAAUAGUCCUUAAUAUAAUAUUUAAUGACAUCAGAAGUGAGAAAACGCAUGCCAAGAUUUUUUACACAUCAAAUGAAAAGAUACAUUCAUAAUAUGAUAUAUUCAUAAAAUGAUAUCUGUAAUCGAUUCAGCACACUAGUAAAAUUGAACGAAUACUUUUCUUUUACUCGAACGAUCGAUAAAUACUCGUAAAAUUGGCGUUGACGAAAUUAUGAGAAAAGAGAUUAGAAAAAAAGAUUCUAUAUCAAGUUAAUUCUGCGACUAUUAAUUGUUCGAGUGAAAAAAAGAAAUUGUUCAUCCAAUUUUAUGAGUGUGCUGAAUCGAUCACAAAUGGCGUUUUGUGGAUACAACUUUUUAUUUGAAAAUAUAACGCAAAAAAUCAUUAUAUGCGUUUUCUCGCUUCUGACGUCAUUAAAGAACGCAACUACUCCGAAGCUUUACGGUCGGUUCGGUUCUUGCAAGUAACUAUAUUGGUUUUGUGAUCAUAGG